CUAGCACUUUUUUAGGAACACCUGUACACCUAAUUAUUCAUGUGAUUAUCUAAUCAGCAAAUUGUGUGGCAGCAGUGCAAUGCAUAAAAUCAUGCAGAUACAGGUCAGGAGUUUCAGUUAAUGUUCACAACAACCACCAGAAUGGGGAAAAAAAAGGGAUCUCAGUGAUUUCAACUGUGGCAUGAUUGUUGGUGCCAGACGGGCUGUGAUGCUUGUGGUGAUAUUUUUUUACCCACACAGUAUACAUAAAUACAGUAUAUAUACUGAAUAUAUAUACUUAUCUAUUUUUUUUAAAAUAUCACCAUAAGCAUAUACAGUGCAUUUACAAAGUAUUCAGACCCCUUAAUUUUUUUUCACAUUUUGUUAUGUUGCAGCCUUAUGCGAAAAUGAUUUAAAUACAUUUUUUUCCACAUUAUUCUACACUCCAUACCCCAUAAUGACAGAUUUCUGAUAACUUUGAAAAUCUGUUAAAAAGAAAAAACUGAAAUAUCACAUUAACAUAAGUAUUCAGACUCUUUGCUAUGACACUUUAAAAUUUAAGUUUAGCUCAGGUGUAUCCCAUUUCUCUGGAUCAUCUUCAAGAUGUUUCUCCACUUUGACUGGAGUCCACCUGUGGCAAAUUAAAUUGAUUGGACAUGAUCUGGAAAGGCACACACCUGUCUAUAUAAGGUCUCACAGCUGAAAAUGCAUAUCAGAGCAAAAACCAAGCCAUGAGGUCAAAGGAACUGCCUGCAGAGCUCAGAGACAGUACUGUGUUGAAGCACAGAUCUGUGGAAGGCUAAAAAAAAAAAUUGGCUGCAUUGAAGGUUCCCAAGACCACAGUGGCCUCCAUAAUUCUUAAAUGGAAGAAGUUUGGAACAACCAGGACUCUUCCUAGAGCUGGCCGCCCAGCCAAACUGAGCAAUCGGGGGAGAUGUGCCUUGGUAAGAAAGAUGACCAAGAACCCGAUGGUCACUCUGGUUGAGCUCCAGAGAUUAUGUGUGGAGAUGGGAGAAACUUGCGGAAGGACAACCAUCACCACAACACUCCACCGAUCUGGGGCUUAUGGCAGAGCGGCAAGACAGAAGCCUCUCCUCAGUGCAAGACACAUAAAAAAGCACCUAAAGGACUCUCAGACUGAGGAACAAGUUUCUCUGGUCUGAUGUAACAAUGAUUGAACUGUUUGGCCUCAAUUCCAAGCGUCACGUCAAGAGGAAACCAGGCACCGCUCAUCACCUGCGCAAUACCAUCCCAACGGUGAAGCAUGGUGGUGGUAGCAUCAUGCUGCGGGGGUAUUGGUAUAUAAGGAUAUUAUAGAGAUAUCCUUAAUAAAAACCAAGUCCAGAGCACUCAGGACCUCAGACUUGGCCGAAGGUUCACCUUUCAACAGGACAAUGACCCUAAGCAAACAGCCAAGACAAUGCAAGAGUGGCUUAGGGACAACUCUGUGAAUGUCCUUGAGUGGCCCAGCCAGAGCCCAGACUUGAACCCAAUCGAACAGCUCUGGAGACCUGAAAAUGGCUGUCCACCGAAGGUCCCCAUCCAACCUGACAGAGCUUGAGAGGAUCUGCAGAGAAGAAUAACAGAAAAUCCCCAAAUACGGGUGUGCAAAGCUUGUCGCAUCAUACCCAAAAAGACUUGAUGCUGUAAUCGCUGCCAAAGGUGCUUCGACUAAGUACUGAGUUAAGGAUCUGAAUACUUAUGUCAAUGUGAUAUUACAGUUAUCAAAAAUCUGGUUUUUACUUUGUCAUUAUGGGGUAUGGAGUGUAGAUUGAUGUAAAAAAAAAAUAAUUUAAAGCAUUUUAGCAGAAGGCUGCAACACAAAAUGUGAAAAGAUUUAGGGGUCUGAAUGCACUGUAUACAUCAAUUUGAUUCCAUUAUAAUCAUUAUACUUUCAUAUUUGUAUGUUCUUUUUUUAAUUGUCGAACUGUAGGACCAUUUAAGAAUAAACUAGUGGAGGCCAAAAAAUACAGAAUAAAGAAUAAUAAUUAAAGAAAGAAAAAAGAAAGAAAUACAUUAAUAUACAUUUUAACCUAAAAAUUAGAUUUGAAUUAAAAAGAAAUUCAUAGACAUGGUAUGCAAAAACCCACAUGCAUUUAACUAGUUCAAAAACGUAUUAUCCAAUAAGAAAUGGAGCAAUGGAGCAGUUUUUUUAAUUAUAGAGACAAAACCUUUGACAGGUUGAAUUGAGCUUCAACUGUACAAUGCAUAUGAGCAUAGUGGACAUGUUCAGCACAGUCACGUCAGUCUACGGUAUUUAUUACUGAAGACUCAUUGUUCUCAUUGAGUACAUCACCUUCCAGGCUUUCUAAAUAGAGUAAGAGCAGCCAUGGCAACAGCUACUUACUGAGGGGAACAGCAGUUACCAAACAAGCCACUGUACUGCAAGAAUGUGACAAAAAUCAGUCGCAACUAAAACUGCUCAGGAAUAAAAUUUAUGAAAAAAGAAAAAGCGUCAUGCUUAAGUUUUAACAGUAACUCAAAGAUGAGCACUCAUGAAAAGCCAGUCGGCAAACAGCAAAGACCAUGUCUAAGAAUCCCAUUUGUUCAUCAUCGUCAAACUGAUUUACUGUUUCACAAAAAUGCUCAAAGGAUUACUAAACACCCACAAGCCUUUCCAGUGCUGGGAGAGCUUCCUUCUUUAGCAGGUUUGCUGCUUUACCCAGGUAAGAGGGAAAAGAUGGUAACAACAACUGAAACUGCAUUUGGACCCAAAACAUGCCCCAAAGUAGAGCCAAAGAGGAUUCUACAGUGCAGUCUAACUCUAGAUGGGGACCAGUGCUUCAAUACAACACACAGGGAAGAUUACCCCGCUUACACACUAGAUGGCAUCCCAAUUGUGUGGCAAAGCAAAGUCCCUUUAAGAGAGGAGAGGACUGCCCAAGUACAGAGAUCUUCUCUUUACCAGCAGGACUUUCCUGCCCCAAAGAGAAUCCAUGUCAGGAGAAACCAGGUCAUACCUCAUCCUGACAACCUGGCCAUCAACCCUUCAAUGAGAGCUGAAUACAGAACAGUGCAAAGAGAGAUGUACCCAGGCUGGGACGUCUCUGUUCAUGCUCGUCCAGCCCCUGCCCAACUUAAAAGAACAGCUUAAAAUAAAGCCUGAUGAAGCCUGUUACUGAGAAUCAAGGUGCAUUUUUAAAUUGGAUGCAUAAAAUAAUCAAAUUAAUAGAUUUAACUAUGCUAUUGUACUAUUCAACCUGUUUUAUUAACAUGUAUUAUUGUUGUCAAGUCUUUUGUGACUGAUGCGUUUCCUCCUGUACCACAUGGCAUUUGAAAUAAAACAGAAAUAGCUACUGAACACACUCAAGAAUAAAUAAUCGAAGAGCAGUAGAGAUUUGCUUAGGAUAUGACAAAACUCAUUUCUCGAGCUAACUGAAAGAUUCUGUGUUUGAAACUCAUAAUUAAUAAAAACACACAAAAAAAGUGGACAACAUCAUGUAGUUUCUGUAUCUGUAAAAUUGUUCAAUUAAAAUGGCUCUACAGUUGUCUUAAAUAUGAUAACAGUCAUUCUCUUACAACACCUAAGAGACAUUUUCAGAAAAUCAAGACAAAACAGCUUUGUUAAAAAAGUAACAUUUAAUAAUAAAUUCAAUUAAGAAAUGCAUGUUGCUUAUAAACAAUUGAACAAGUCAUUACAAACAAAACAUUACUUUCUAUAUAAUCAAACAUCCUGAAUGACACUUGAAAAAAGAAGUGCCACUUGAACAUGUCUCUACAUGUCU